UUUUUUUUUUUGUUCUCCUUUUAACUUUGAUAUUAAAUCAAUGUCUUCUGGCGACAGUUAUACUCAACGAGAAACAGGGUCGAAAAAUGUCAGUGAUCUUGCUAGUUCGUUUUUACAUUCUAUGGGACAAGAACUAAUACACUCUUCAAAUGAUAGUUCCUAUUACCAUGAAAAAGAUGCCCAAUUUGCGCGUGAAGACUAUGAACACCAUCAACGACGUAGAGAAAGACUAGAUGACGGUUACCGUGAACAUAAUAAUAGUAGUAGUGCCUAUGACGAUAGAACGCGAGAUAGGGAACGACGAUCGAGACGAGAGCGGUCCAAAGAACGACAACGAUCGAGAGAAAGGUCACAUCAUCCUAGUCAUCGUGAUCGUCGAAGUGAUAGAGAAUAUCGUCGGAGCCAUAGUCGACGUAGCGUAAGUCCACGAGAACGUAGCAGAGGUUCUAGUCGUCGCCAUGAUGAAACUACAGUUAUUCCUUUACAUAAAAGACCUCGUCGUCUCAAUAACUGGGAUGUAGCCCCACCUGGGAUGGAAAAUAUGACAGCCACUCAAGUAAAACAAACAGGCCUAUUUCCUUUACCUGGACAAGUAGUUGGAACCAAAACUCCUCAAUCAUUUGCACCUCCAAGUGAACAUCCUUAUUUAACUGAAAAUCCUCCUCGUCAAUACAAUCAUCGAACUUCUGGUCAAGACUUUUCAUCUCCUGCUACUGUGACGCCUCCUAUAUCUUCAGCAGCAAGACAAGCCCGUCGCUUAUACGUUGGUCAAAUUCCAUAUGCCAUUGAUGAGCAAUCUACGUCUAACUUUUUCAAUGAAGCCAUGAAACAAAUGAAAGGAUCUGAUGAAUCUUUUGUUUCUAGUGUCCAAAUUAAUCGCGAUAAAAAUUACGCUUUUGUAGAGUUUAAAACUCCUGAACAAGCUACGAUGGCAAUGGCAUUUGAUGGAAUACAAUUUCAAGGUCAAAUACUUAAAAUUCGUCGACCUAAAGAUUAUCAACCACCAGCAGAUGGCUCAGGCGAUUAUACUGGUCCUACAUAUACGCAAGCACAUGGCCUUGCAAGCGUACCGGAUUCACCAGAUAAAAUCUUUAUAGGUGGUUUACCAACUUAUCUUACAGAUGAUCAAGUUGUAGAGCUUUUGAAAUCUUUUGGUGAAUUGAAAGCAUUUAAUCUUGUUAAAGAUACGAACGGUCAAUCAAAGGGAUACGCAUUUUGCGAAUACGCAGAUGUUAGUAUUACGGAUUUGGCAUGUCAAGGAUUGAACAAUAUGGAACUUGGAGAAAAGAAGCUAAUUGUUCAAAGAGCUAGCGUUGGAGCAAAGAAUGGAGGCUCAAGUGGUAUGAAUACACUCUCUGGUGGUACUGGAAGUAAUAGUGUAGCAAUUGAAUCUCGAAGUAUGAUGACAGAUAUUCCCUUUACUGGAGCAAAAGAUGAUGACGCUACUCGUGUAUUACAAUUAAUGAACAUGGUUGUACCUGAAGAAUUAGAGGAUGAUGAAGAAUACCAAGACAUUUGGCAAGAUAUUGCUGAAGAAUGCGCCAAGUUUGGUGUUAUUGUUGACAUGAAGAUUCCUCGACCUGCUAAGGAUCAACAAGUACCAGGCUGUGGAAGUAUAUUUGUUCGGUUUGAAACUAAAGAACAAACGGUAACAGCUCUACAGUCUCUUGCUGGUCGUAAAUUUGCUGACCGUAUCGUUGUUGCUUCCUAUAUUGAUGAAGACAAAUACUUAUCAGAUUAUUUUUAACUAAUUGAUUUGCCUAAAUGAUUUUUUUAUAUAUAAAAAAGAAAGAAUGAAUAAAAUCUGUACUCUUUGUUAGCUUGUUGUUGGAA